GUUUUGGGAUUUGCUUUUUCGUUGAAGUCCUUGACUUGAAACUCCUUACACAGUGAGGAGGGAGAUGCCGGAAUCGAAGAUGAUGAAAACUAGGGUUCUCUGUGUUUGGGGGAGCACGCUUGCAUCCUCUUUCCUCCACGUGAUGCUCUUCCAAUUCAUGCCAUGCAUCGCCUCGUGCUGGUGAUCCUCUGCCGUUGCAAUCCGCGGACCCUUUUCUGGUGGAGGAUGACGACGCUUGCUGUAUGAGUGAGGUACAAUUCGCAUGGACCCGGGCUGCAAUCUGCGCUGAGGUGGGAAUCGGGAGAGAAUUGUGGUGGUUUGGGACGGCAUGGUUUGGAACGCCAAUUGCGCUUUUGUAUCGCCAAUCGCUGGUAAAGGUAUACGACCGUGACAUCCAGGAAUCAUGCAAGAAGUCGCUGGUGGCGUGGCGACCACCGAAGGCGAAAGCCGUGCUCUCGGGUAUGCGCCAACUAAGAGCGUGAGCAUUUCGCCGAGGAUGGAAGGCCCCGACAAGGGGCAGAGGGGGCUGCGGUGGACGAAGCACGAAUCGCUGGUGCUGGUGGCUGCAAAGAGCAAGGAGCUGGACAAGUCUCUGGACAGCACGGCCAGGGGGGUGGACGCUUCGGAUGUGAAGUGGGUGACCAUAUUUCAGUACUGCAAGGAACUGGGAGUAGAGCGAGACGCGAGCCAGUGCCGGAAGAGGUGGCACAGCUUGUACAAAGACUACAAGAAGAUAAAGGAUUACGAGAAGCUGCACGGGGGCUCGUACUGGGCCAUGACGGCGGAGCAGCGGAGAGAGCAGAAACUGGCUUCCAGUUUCGAGCACGAGGUGUUCGAGGUGUUGGACAACUAUUGCAAGAAGUUGCCUGCGAUUUCGGCGAAGGUGACUUCGGAAGCAGCGGUGGCUGGGAAGGAGGAGAUGGACGUGCUGGUGGACGAGGUGGAGGGUCUGGGAAAUCCGGCGUCGUCGGAGGAGUGCGGGCUGGGGAACUCGACGGACGUGACGGGGUGCCCGAAGGUGGAAGAGAGCCUGACGAAAAGGAAGAAGAGGAAGCGGCGACCGGAAUCGAUAGAAGAGAAAUUGCUGGCUGCGCUGGAAAGCACGAGCCGGAACUUGCAGCUGCAGCUGCGCCACGAUCGCGAGCUGCGGAUAGAAGAAGGGAAAGGGCUGAUGACGUUGCUGGACAAGUUGCUGACAAGCGUAGGUCGAAUAGCUGACGCGUUGGAAGUGCGCAAGAGCUGAUGGAACAGGAAGCUUCGACGUGCAGCGGAGAGCGAGGGGGUGACUGGGGACUGAGGGGUAAGCGAUGCGCGUGGCAGGGGAUGGGCAGUGGCGAGGGUGGUUUGGGCUACGUUUCGGGUGAGGUGGUGGAACGAGAUCGAAGGUGGAGUGUGCCCCUGUUUGGGAGCUGGAAGGGUUGCAGGAGCGGACUGUGAAGUGAAGCAGCAGUGGCUGCAGGUAGUACAGCAAAGCGGCAUGUCGAUCAGUCGUAGUUUGUAAAGACGUAGAGGAAGCAUCAUAUGGAGGUAGUAGUAGGGAGGACUCCCCAGUUGCACCUUAAGUAGGCGUGGAUGAUAGGGCCGUGUGUAGUAUAGUGUAUGUGGAUAUAGACCUGGAGAUUGCGGGUGAAGCAGUGGCAAGGGGUUGGCCAUUGGCGGGGUGGAGGUAUUGAUAGGGGAGGGAAGAUGCUCCUCAUGUACAAUGAUUGUAUUUUAUUGAGAAACAGUACAUGUUAGACUGGAGAAGCCCCGCGUGAGCAACGGAGGGUCAGUCAGUGGGAAUACAGGAGAUGAGACUCACAUACAUACAUAUAUAUAUAUGUGUGAGUAUGUAUAUACAUACACGUGUACAGAUGUAUAUACUGGUGUUGCGGAGCAGGAGGCAGGGGGUGAGAACGAUGGGGAGGUUGUGGUUGAAUGUUUGGCACACGGAUGAAAAGAAUGUAGCUGGGAGGCAGACGUUUCCAGAUUGCAGUAGUGGUUUGGAGGGUUUGGUUAGCGUAGGACAAUGGUGUGAGUGCAGUUACUGGGAGUGGCGGAACGUAGGAGAAGUUGAUGAUGCGGUGGCGAAGAGUGGUACAGGUUAGUGGAGAGUGUGGUUGUGGUGCAUGCGGUGCAUGUAGAAGGAGAAAUGGCAUGGGUGAUGAGUGGGUGUGUUGUGUGAAGAUGUGGGGUUCGCCGGAGAUGUGGACAUAGUUAGGCGAAGGAAGAAUGCCAGCAUUUUUGAGGAUUCUGUGGACAAGGGAGUGUUCGAUUGGUUCGUCUUUGUUAGGUGUGAGAAUGGGGUGUAUGCAUUUUAUAUUCGAGUGCUCUCGGUUACAGUUGAUUUGAUGAA